AUGAAACAUUUUCCCUCUGUUGCCAAACUUACUACUGUUAGAUGUCUUUUAGCUAUUGCAGCAGCUAACAAUUGGUUCCUUCACCAAUUGGAUGUCAACAAUGCCUUUCUCCAUGGAGAUCUUGAUGAAGAGGUGUAUAUGACUGUUCCACCUGGUUUUUCCAUCAAGGGGGAGUCACAGGUGUGUAGAUUGACAAAAUCUCUAUAUGGUUUGAAGCAGGCCUCUCGUCAGUGGUUUUCUAAGUUCUCCAAUACACUGGUUGCUCAAGGCUUCAUUCAGUCUAAAGCUGAUUAUAGUCUUUUCACUAGAAAUGAGGGUUCAGUUUUUAUUGCCCUUUUGGUUUAUGUAGAUGAUAUUGUCUUGGCUAGUAACAACUCUGCAGCCAUCAACCAGUUUACUUCUUCUCUCAAUGAGAAAUUUAAACUUAAAGACUUGGGGAAGUUGAAGUUUUUUCUUGGCUUAGAGGUAGCUAGAUCAGAUAAAGGAAUCUCUUUAUCUCAAAGGAAGUAUGCAUUGGAGAUCCUUGAAGAUUCUGGUUUAUUGGCUUCUAAACCAUCUAAAUUUCCUAUGGAACAGAACCUCAAAAUUUCUAAGGAUGCUGGUUCCUUAUUGGCAGAUCCAACUAGCUACAGACGUCUCAUUGGCAGAUUGAUUUAUCUCACAAUCACACGUCCUGAUUUAGCUUAUGUGGUUCAUACCCUCAAUCAGUUCAUGGAUCAACCCCGGCAACCUCAUUUAGAUGCUGCUCAAAGGAUGUUAAGGUACCUAAAGGCUUCUCCUGGUCAAGGGUUAUUCUUUCCUUCUUCGUCAGAUUUUCAGGUAAAAGCCUUUUGUGAUGCUGAUUGGGCUGGUUGCUUGGACACUCGAAGGUCUAUCACUGGUUAUUGUAUUUUUAUUGGUGAUGCUUUAGUCUCAUGGAAGUCCAAGAAACAACAGACGGUUUCCAGAUCAUCUGCUGAGUCUGAGUAUAGGGCUAUGGCAUCCACUUGCUGUGAGGUUACCUGGUUAUUCAGCUUACUCAAGGAUUUACAAGUUCUUCAUCCACAGCCUGCAGCUCUUUUCUGUGAUAGCAAGGCUGCAAUUCAUAUUGCAGCUAAUCCAGUGUACCAUGAACGCACCAAGCACAUAGAAAUCGACUGUCACCUUGUCAGGGAAAAGAUUCAACAAGGUGUUAUACAUACUUUGCAUGUUUCUUCUGCUGCCAACUUAGCUGAUAUAUUUACCAAACCUCUUGGUUUUGCACAAUUUAGUGCUUUGCUGUCCAAGAUGAACAUACUCAAUAUUUUUCAUCUUGAGGGGGAGUAA